AACUUUAUCAUUGGUAGGCAAUUUACUAGUGAUAGCGAAAUCUCAUACGGUUCUGCGCUUUCCAACAGUUAUGAGCCCGGAUUGCCUCCUAGACGUACGGAUUUGAUGGUUUUCAGCACCUUAAAUCAGCAGUUCCUAUUUGCAAGAGCCAUAUCUCGCGCUGAGAGAUAUCUCGAUAUUGAACUGCCUGAUUUGGAAGAGGUGAAGCCAUAUUGAACGCCGUCGGCACCCCUGAUCUGCCAGAUAUGGAAUAUCACGCAGAACCGGUGCCCCAGGCCACCAUGAAGGUACCCAUCGUGCUAAGCGAGCCCGAUGAUUGGUGGAUAUGGGAUUCUCAUAUAAUCGGCCUAGCUCGAACCCGCGGAGUGCUUGAUAUACUCCAGGGAGAGAGGCCUUACCCCGUUCCGCCGAUUCGACCAAUUCAUCCAAUGAUUCUAGCCCAUCAGCAGGCGGAACCCCAGUCGGCCUCAGAAAGGCCCCGAACGACGGAAGCAAGCCAAUCAGAUGCUCCGUCAGCUGCCGCAGCUGCCCCGAAGGCUCCAGCGAAGCCAACUGAAAUCGAAUUAGUGAUAUAUAACGAAGAACUGGCGAUCUAUAAGGAAGAUAAAGAGCAAUAUCGACUAGAUCGUCAAGGCCUUGCGGCUAUCUGGAUUACCAUGGAGCAAUCGGUAGCCAGAGAGCAUCUUCAGCGGCUCACUAGCCAAUCAGACAGCGAGGUUGAGAGAUAUCGAAAGCUUAAGGCUGCCUUCGAUAGAAACGCGAAUGAACAGAAUCCAAGAGAGAUAUCAAAAGCUUGCCGCUAAGCCAGCCAAUCAGAUGUAUCAAGCUGGCUAAGCGAGUGGGAGAAGGUGCUGUUGAAAAAUAUAACUAAGGAUAUGAGACCCUAGACUGAUGGGAACCAUGUCCGGACACCUUUUUAGCCUAGUGGUAUUAUAUUUCAAUAGCUUCUCAUGGCGGCCAGAACCCUGGACUUCCUUUGUGAUGAAAACCAUCAAUGUUAAUCGGAGAAUUGUCUAC